GUUGUUAGUAGUUUUAUCAUUUUCCGCAAGGCUUGCCGGUUAGUUUUAGAGUUAUGUUAUUUGUUAAGAAAUUCAAAUGACCUUAUACGGUUAAAUUUCUCGGAAACAAUAUCAUGAAAAUAAUGGCGAAUAUCAACAAAACAUCAGAUAGAUAGUCAGGGUUUGAAACUACUUUUCUUUUAAGUCUGAAAGUCCUCUUCUCCGAGUCACAACCAUUAAAAAUAGCUGCAUUGGUAUCACAACUAAGAAAAUCCGAGAUUCCAUUAAGCGGUGAAUCGACCCUCCGUAUCGAACGAAGGCGACGAUGAUUUCAGCUACUCUCAUCAUGUCUCUGUGGCUCCCAGGUAGGUUUAAGAACACAGUGUUGACAUUGUCAGUAAUCAAACGAUUCCUUCAUUCUUUUCUUUUUUUUCAUCGUGACCUUUUACAACAAUGCAACUCAUCUCACCAUUUAACUGAAGCCGACGAUCGGAUAAACGCACAAACCCGGAAGUGCCUCUUCGUCAUACCACCUUAAAUUAGGAAAUUAAGUCUAAACCGGAAUUAUGUACAUUUGUAGCCUGAUUUUAACACUGGAAACAAUAUUUAAAGCAAUUGAUGCUUAACACAGACAAAAAAAGGUUUUUUCGUUCUAGAUUAACUGCUUAAGGUGAAAGUGAAAGUAAUCAUCAAUAAGAGAGAAUUUAAUGUUUGGUGUACGGAAGAUAUAUUAAGACUUACUAGAUUUAACAAAGUCUAAAUUAGAAUGAAAACAUUUCGAAUUUCCAGACCUGAAAGCAAGGAUUUUGCGACCCAACAGAGAAAUCUGAAAAACAGGAUCGGCAAACGGUUGGUUUAAGAAAGAGAUGACCACGAACUAUAUUUUUGAAGCGGCUGAAGACACUGCUUGUGGAAGACCUUUCAUAAAUAAUUAAAUGACCGUAUGUUUAGCGAUGUAGUCGCUACCGGUUUAUUCUAAAAAAUAUUCAAAAGCUAAAGAGCGACAUCUGAACUACGAUUUUUGAUAAAUAUUCAGGUGAUUUAUUUCCGAGAAAGAACAAGACAAAGAGAAAGGCCAUUGUUUAGUUUCAGUCUGUGCAUAAAUCAAUCGACAGUGUCUCAGUACACGAAUGGAAAAUAAGGAAUCUAGAAUUAUGGAAAUGAAAUACGCGGAAACUACAAAUCGUUAACACGCACCUAGAGACCAUUUGCAUUUGAUCAGUCUACUUGUCAAACUGAUACAUUAUUAGCUUUUUAAAAAACUUCUAGAGCAAUUCCGUUACAGGGAAAAAGUACGGAAGGAGUUCUUCGGUCUUUGGUCAACGGAGAGAUUUGACAACUUAGCUUACGAAGUCGCUUCUGAUUCUGCAUUUAGGCAAUAAUAACCAUUCUAUUGUUUUUCUUUUCCAUUUCUUUCCACGAUUUAACAGUAUUUUGCCAAGGAGGGCAUCCUAAAAUUGUUUCUAGACCAAGUGAUCCCCUGAUUGCUCGUAGCGAAGACAAAGCUACGCUUAAUUGGACGCUUGGGUUGCUUCCCUCAGAGACGUGGAAUAGUAGCAUAUUUGAAGUGGCGUUUGGAAUCUGGAAAGAUCCAGGAUUCCUGAAAACAAAACUCUUGGCCAUCGAUAGACAUGGUGAGGUACUGAUAAGACCAAACUACGAAAAGAAAAUUAGCUGCGACUUUAACAUGUCCAAGCUUCAAGUUGCAUUCACACUCCAUGGUUUAACCAUGAAGGAUGAGAAUCACUAUUGUCUUCAGGUUGAGCUUGGCCUUCAUCAGCCUCCUUUGACGGAUCCUGUGAUGCUUCUUCUUGAGGGUAAUAUGUUUGUUACAUUUCAUUUGUGGAGGAAUGCCACAGACCCGGAAGCGGGGUACUUGGGUAAAUAUGUUCUGAGUAUGUGCCCCUGGCCACUCAGAGCCCCUUGCCCAUAGUCUUUCAGUGGCCAAUUAUGGACCCCAUCUUAGCCACUUUUGAGAAAAUGUGAUGGCUUUCCUUCUUUGACUUUCACUUCUGAUUUAGAAAAACCUUAUUCUCAAAUAUCUAAACAGAUUCUCCUAAGAUAACCAGUCCCAAACAGGAAAACUUUUCCGUGAACGUUGGGGACAACUUGCGAAUAAACAGCCAAGCAAAGGGUCUUCCUGCACCUAACAUAACAUGGACGAAACAGGGGAGAAUUGUUGGUAAUGAUACAUUGAUUGUCAAUGGAGUAACGCCAAAUGACAGCGGAGUCUACUUGUGCAGCGCUCACAACCAGGCUGGUGAAGAUCAUAAGGAGAUUGUGGUUACGGUUUUGGAGCAUAAUUAUGGAUCACAAAAGCUAACAGGUUUUAACAAUUUGUUUGUCGAAAUAAAUACCCAUGAACUAGAUUGCUAAUGCAUAUUCUUAUGUUGGUGACUGAAUUUUCAUUUUCAGAGCGUUUCCAUUGGCGUGCUCUGUGUUAAACGAUUUGAAAAUUACAAACACUCCCUCACUAGAAACCGAAUGGAAUCAUUACCUAUUCAAGGAGUUAGUUUCUCUGAUCUUUUUUAAGCUAAGGAUCUCUUUCGCACAAGUCAUGAUAUCGACCACAUCAGUGUCCCUGUAAUCUUAAGCAGUCCACAUUACUCUAACAAGGUCCCACAAUUUGAUACCUUCUCCUGAUAUCGAUCAUCGGUUCGAUUAACUUAUUUAUACGUUUAAAAAAAAAGUUUUCAAUUUUCAAUUUUCUGAAUUGGCCAAGCCGCUCAUUCACAAUUUAAUUACAGACAGACUGAUAACCGAGGUGGCCCCCCCUGGCCUCUCCUCUAGUCUUUGAGGUCUCUUGUUGUUGAAUUUGUAUAAAUAUUACUUCUGAAGCUGCUCAGAAAUAAUGACGACGAUUAUAAUGAUAAUCAUCCUUCCUGCUAAAGUGCUUUCUAACUUUUUUCUAGUUCCUCAUAUGCCAACACAAACAUCACAUGAUAGAGGAAGUCCUGUGUGGUUAUUUCCAGUAGUCAUAGGUGUGUCAGUUUUUUUAAUAGCUGCAGUGGUUGUCUUUCGCUCGCGUGGGCACCGCUGCAAAAGGAACCUCGCUUAUGAGCAGCAUAUUGAUGAAAAAGCAUCAGGUGAGCACUUCACAACUGCCGAGAUCUAGCCUAGAGCCGAUGAGGAGGCUGCGAGUUAGUGACUGAACAGUAUACCUUGAUCAUACUCUAUCAUGGAAUGCAUCAUUAGCUGGUAUACCGAAAUAGUAUCAAAAGCAGCUGUGCAAUUUCUCCAAUUUUUCCUCUUUCUUAACCUCCUGCCGGUUUCUGCUCCUAAGCCUCUAAAUUGUCUCCACUGAUCCGAUAAUUCUCGUAAGUUAUAAAUAAAACUUGCGUAAUUGUAGUACACUAUAAGCGUGCUUUAAAAUGAUUGCUAAGGAAAAAUAGAAAACUUUAAAACAGAUCAAUUCAUGUUAUUGACGGGACAAAAUUUUCUCAUCGAGAAAAUGAGAAAUGAGUUGCUUUGACAAAAAUCGUCUACUAGUCUUUGAAUAACAUUCUGACGCACCUAUUUGAUGAGUGCAUCGGUACUCAAAAUCCUUUGUUUUACAACGUUAGUUCGGAACACAACCCAAUCACUGAAAAAAUUCCAAGAACUUGCAACUGAAUUGUUUGCUACCUUAAUUGGCAUGGAAAGGCUUGAUAGGAGAGAACUUUUAAAAAUUAAAACCUGUAAUCUGGCCUAAUUUUGGUAAAUAAAGCAAGAAUACAAUUUUCUGCGCUAC